AGGAUUUUUUAUGGUUGCAGCUUUAAUCAUAUAAAGGCAGAGUGUGUCCUUGGUGACGGUCAUGUUGGAGGUCGUUUCCCCUUUAAAUGUCUGUUUUUGGAAACGUCGAUGCUCUUCUGUCCAGAGCUGCGAAGAGGGGAGGAUGGGGUGAGGAGGAGGGAGGGAGGGAGUUAAGUCUGCAUGACAUAUACACAGGAGGAGCAGCCCCGCAUCACACACGCAUGUUUAUUCCAGCAGACUGAGCUUCAUCUUCAAACUUCAGCAUGAAUCCGGAGAUGCUCUGACUCCGCACACCGACUGACGUCUUCGGAUUUCUCUGCAGGGAUAACAAGCAGAAGGAGGCAGGGACCCGGUCUGAGGAGCAGAAAAUGGCGGCUGCAGACAUCCUCUUCUUCACUUUGUGGGUCACCACAGCCUUCACCGCUGGACUCGGAUGCCCUGAGCUCUGCACCUGCUCAGAUAAAUUAUUCCACCAUUCAGCCGAUUGCACCUUCAAAGGUUUAGCCGAAAUCCCUGCGGGUUUGUCUCAUAACGUUACAACCCUGCUUCUGUCCGCAAACAAGAUCAGUUCGAUACCGUUGGGGAGCUUCGACAAUGUCACCCUGUUGACGUCGCUUUGGAUGGCCCACAAUGAGAUCGUCUCCAUCGAACAAGGGAGCCUCGCGCCUUUGGUUAAUCUGCGCAACUUUGACAUCAGCUACAAUAAAAUUGUAGAGUUUCCUUGGGGGGAUCUGCAGAACCUCAGAGGUCUGCAGCUGCUGAAGAUGAACCACAACGAGAUGAUCCGUCUGCCGAGGGACGCCUUCUCCAACCUCAAAGAAGUCAAGUCCAUCCGACUCGACAAUAACAAAUUCAAAACCAUAGCUGAGGGGACGUUUGAUGGUUUGGAGUAUUUGUCCCAUUUGCAGAUUCAUAAAAAUUCUUUUGCAUGCACCUGCUCCCUGGACUGGCUCAAAAACUGGAUUUCCACAACCACCAUCAUGGUCGAGGAGAAGAAAUCGAUCAUUUGUGACUCUCCAGAGAAACUUAAAGGCAAACGGAUCGUAAAUUUGCCUGAGUCGGAUUGCACAAGAACAAGCGUCACGAUAAAAACCGAGCCACAAAACACGACUUUAAACGAGGGGAGCACGUUGGUGUUGACUUGUGAGUCCACGGGAAACCCGAAGCCGCUGGUCAUGUGGAGUAUUCACAGCAGAAGACAGAAGCAAGAGCUGGCUUUGCCGUUCACUGAGGAUGACUUGACAGAGUCAAACGAGGUCUCCUCAUUGUCCCAUAAUCCCGUCAGAGUCUUCAACAAUGGGACUCUUAUCAUUACGCACAUUAGGGAAGACGACAGCGGCAACUACAGCUGCUCAGCCACGAAUGAAAUGGGACGAGCUGAGGAGUUGGUGUCCGUGAAGGUGGCAGAUUCAACGCCCAAAAGACAAAUGACCACAACUCCUACUUACACUGAAACACCUCAAACAACAGGUGAAACAUCCGUAACAGACAUCGUACCAACGUUCCCGCCCACUGCAGAGAUCGAGUCCUCCGAGGAGGCAACAAGAGAUACGUUACUUGCCAUUAAAUGUGGUUUGACGGCUAAUACGAGAUAUGUUUCUAACCACGUCUCUAACGGGAGUCUGGAUGAUAUCAAGCAGUACACUUUUGACUUUGGUGUCAUUGCAUUAGGGGUGUCGGAAACAGAAGCAACAGUGCGACUCAAUCCUCUUCUCAUGCCCAGAGACAAGAGCGCCAACCGGGCCACGAGUGAAGAGCAGGAAGUCCAUUCGAAUGGCUUGUAUCUGUGCGUCACUGCAGACCGCAAACACUCAGCUGUGCAGUGGUCGAGGAUCAAAGAGGGCGUCAACACGUAUCAGUUCAGCGGUUUACGUCCUGGCACCAAUUACUCCUUGUGUCUGACCUACAGAGGGGAGGACUGCGAGGUCCAGGUACUGUUCACCACCCGGAGGAGGGUACCGAACCUCCUCAUCAUCAUCUCAGUCAGCAUCUGCCUCCUGACCGUGUCUACCGUGCCUCUGGUCGGUGCGACGUGCUUCCACCUGGUGUACAAAUACCGCAGCAAGACCUACAAGUUGAUCCUGAAGGCCAAAGACCAGUACCACAUGGAGAGGAACCUCGCCGUCAAUUAUAACAUCCACCCGUCUCACAGCGAGUUCCAGAGGAAGAUUAACCAAAUGGACGAGGAAGAGGGGGAGACGGAGAGCGGAGAUGGCGACAAAGAAGCAGACACAGAAGAAAGUGUCAUGACGGAGUCCUUUAGUUUGUCUCAAAGCAGGGGAAACUUCGACAACUGUGAGGUAGGAUCUGAGUACAGCGACCGGUUACCUUUAGGAGCUGAAGCUGUGAAUAUUAUAAGCAACUACAAAUAUCCAAAUGAGUAAUCGUUGACUGUUUCUGACGUUACAUCUGCAGCUUUCUUUUGCACUUGUUUUUUAAAGUUUGUGCCAAUGGUUUAGUUUCACUUUAGCCUUGAAAAGACAAAACUCAAAGUACAUUUACUUGCUUUCAGUGACACCCCAAGUUGCAACAUCGAAUGACUAAACUGGCCACCAGCUGCCAGGAUAGUGUUAGUAGGCAGACAAACAUUUUAGAGAAAGCUGAACUAGAGCUGGUUCAGGCUGUUACCCAUACUUUUUUUUGUAUCUUGAAAUAUCAGCUUUUUUCCAAUGAGGCCAUUUUUAGUCAUUCAUUCAUGGACAGAAGCAGCUUUUGUUCCAGAGAGAGAGAAACUAGUAGAGUCGAAGUAGAAGAAGGAGCCAAACCAUCAAAUAAUUCAAAGUCUGCUCAGCUUCAUGUUUUAAUAGGAUAUCAUUGAUGUGAUGAGGCCUUCCUAGUAGUUUAAUAUUUAGGGAAAUACUCUUAUCUGCUUCCUUGCAGAGGGUUGGAUGGAAACAUCAAUACGACUCUCAUGUCUGUCUUGUAAGUCAGCUUAGCUUAGCACCAAGAGUAAACCGACUACGAUGUCACGUAAGUUUCGCAUUAUGACCGUUGCCAUUAGUGACCACGUUUGGAUGAAAGCGUGGAGCUGGUGGGUGACAUACUGCGAUAUGAUUUCAAGCAGGAAAAUAUGGUGGGCUGCCCAGUCAUAGAUGUACUAAUAACUAAAAUAUUGACAGUUUGAUCUGAGUUUGCUGAGCCCGGUGUUUUGAGCUGGACAGACUCCCUGAGAACGAUUUGUAAAUCACCAUGUAGCCACUCCCUAAAGCGUUUAUCGUCUAUUUUACUCCUAAUGGGACCAAAAUGUACUAAAUGAACCCCAUGCUGUUUGGAGGAAGACUUGAAAUUAAAGAUUGAGACAUGAGGUCAUGAAUCAACUGAGAAGUCGAUAAUUUCUCCGUAAGGCUCAAUACGAUUGAGCCAAGACCAAGAAGCUCUGUCUAAUUAUACUAUCACAGAGACUGAAGAAACACGAGUAAACAUGUAAAUAAAAACGGCAAGAACCUUUAAUGUGGAUCUCAGAUCUCAGAUUAGACAAUCAUAGGCUGCAUGCAGAUAUUUAUAAAUAUAUAAAAAUGUUCAAAAUGCCUUAUAUUUCUUCAUGAAGGAAUCCUGUUAGGAGGUCCUGGAUCUGGCCACGUUCUUUCAGAACCAUGAACAUCAUUCAGAGACGUUCCACUUCACAUACAGAGAAAAUGGAAAAUAUAAGUUCCACAGUACACAUGAACUUUACUCGUUUAUUUGAGCCUCUUGUGCAUCUGGAUCCGCAGGGACUCCGUCUUUGAUAACAACCAAAAUGUUCUGAGGGACUGAUCGUGCUCUCAACCUUAAAUGGAUCCGAGAGGCUCUAAACUAACAUGAUUUCAUUAUCAGUCAAUCAGACUUUUGUUUAGAAAGUUUCAUGCAAACAAAAUGUAUCACAAAGUGCUUCGACGCCCUCCGGCCUUCGUAAUAAAAGGACGCCUCACCGUCGACUUUUGGAGUAGUUACUAAAUACCGAGGGUCCUGGAGGGUUCAUGGGUUAAAAGCAGAUCUAAAUAGGUGGGACCAAAAACAUUAAGAGCUUUAUAAACCAAUAAAAGGAUGUCAAAAUGGAUUCUGAAGCAGACAGGUAGUCAGUCGGAGACUUUAAAAUUGGUGUAACGUGCGCUCUCUUUCUGGUCCUCAUCGACAGACG